CAGGGUGCAAACAAAUCGAAAGCGAUUCGUCCCUCGGGAAAGCGGGGAAUUUCCAUCCUAUUCUAAAAAUGGAAAUUGCAGUAACUUCACGUGAGUCGUCCAUACAAACUCGGCAUUUAUACUGGACCCACACUUUCGUCGGAGAUUAUCAAAUGAAACGUCUCGAGCUCAGCGUUCAGAAAUCAACUUGAAUAUUCAAUGUGUGAAUUUCAUUGCAAAAGUGCGACUGUGUAGUGACUACAAGUUACAACUUGCAGAAUACAAGGCCCAACUUUUUGAAAUUGCUGUGUAUCUUAACAACAGAAAACAAAUCGAAAGGUUUGGACAGAGCAUAGCAGUAUGCUGGGCAACAGUCAAGACGAAACAGACAGCAAACACCACCAUGAUCACCCCUGUUCACCACUGGUUGCCCUGAGACGUAAACUGCAGAGAGUAAUGCCUGGUCACCGGUCACAUCGGUCUCGCUCACUGAGCACGGACAGAAAGACCUCAGAGAGUAACAGAGACAGCGCACUUUCCACUUCCUCUGAGGGGUCUGAACUUGAAGUACACGCACAGAUGGAGCUGGAAACCAUGGCUUGCAGACAGUCCUCAGGCAGUGGCCACGCCUGCAUACAGAGAGAAACCGUAGCCUUAUCAACCGCCAGUAAAUGUCUGGGCGAUUCAGACAAGAUUCCAGAGGACAAAACGAUCGUCCAUGUCAUGUCACGGGAAAGCCAACAAAACGAUGGCCUGCUGCAGGUGACCGACCAAGUCAUCGGCACGGAUACCUCAGGGAAGCCAGUGUACAAAGUGGACUUCAGAGGAUGUGUCGGUUGUCCAAACACCGACCUUGUGUGGUACAUGGUCGACCCAACUGAUUGUGACGAGUGCAAACGUGUGUAUCUGCACACGCUCAACCCCGCUGAGCCAUUCGCGUCGGCAGCGAGAUCAGGGACACCAUUGGAGAACUACAGCUACAGGCUUUGCCAUUUCAAAGAUGGCCAGAAUUCCUUCCUUGCAGCACACAAGGCCGGGAAGGCCAGGUCCAACCAAAAAUUUGAUGUUGACUGGAGCGGCCUCAUAGAUGUAUGUUAUCAUCCGACGAAGGGUGGCAUGGUCACCCUUCAGGAGAACAGCAACUCUCACAGGGCCAUGGACGGGCUGUUCUUUGGGGCCAGCCGGGAUGGUGAGGUGCACCUGUUUGGCAAGUCCACCUGCCAGGGGUACUGCAUCAACCCCUUCACCCUGUUCUACGUGUACGACGACGUGAGCGGGGAACAGAGCGAGGAAUUGAAAAGAACCAACGGGGAAAAGUAGAGAACCGUUCGGAGGGAUAAAGUUGUGGGGAGAUUCAGAGACCAAGAUCUGCCCUGUGAGAUACAAAGGAAUAGAUUUGCUGUUUGUAGACGGCUCAACUGAGCACAAAGUAGGCCUGUAGUUUCACCACCAGCUUUUUAGCCUAGAAGUUAGAUUUGCUAAGCCAAGAUUUGCCCAAUAUCUGCAGCGGGGACCAAUGAAACGAGGUCUGAGAACAUGUUGGAAAUGAAAUGAAAAUUAGAGUUUCCUACUUUUGGUUGUAUAAAAAAUUUGUGCGUUUUGAAAUCAUCCACAAAAUGAGACGAGAAUAGACCACAGCCAUCAAUUUGUGAAACCACAUGUAAUCUUGACCAUAAAGUUUCUGAGAAGAACAGGGCAAACAACUAAAUGCUGUACAGUUAUAUGUGCAUACAUUAAUCAUAAAAAGUAUACAACUUAAGUCAUCAGAAUGCUGUAACUAUGCAGGGUGAGGCCACAUGCAGGCUUCCAGAGUAGAAUGUACCAAAAUCGCGUGACAAGACUUUAUAUACAGACAGUUGUUUGGAAAGUUAAAGGUCUGUAUCUUUCACUUUGAAGGUUCCCUAUGAAAACUUGACCAGGUGUUCCUGAAAUCUGGGAAGUAGUUUGGAGACUGAAACUUUCAGCCGUUAUUAAAAUGCUUUGGAAACACUGAACCUGGAACUACGGUGGCAUGUACAUGUACAUGUCUGUAACCAGCCAGUGAUGCAUGUGAAAAAGCCGAGGUGUGCACAAGCAUUUUCACAAUCAAAACUCCAUAAAGAAAUUGGAUAAUGUUGUCGGUUUCAUUUUGGCCUUUAAGUACACAGAUGGGGCAUAGUACAUAUCGUGUUAUUUACCUCAUCCUAUGUUACUGUAUUCACAGACUAAAUAUUGAUGUACUUUCCGAGAAAGUACAACUGUUGUCUUUUAUAAAGACACCCCCAUUGAUAGCUGUAUCUGCCAGUAUAGUCUUAAGCUAUUUUAUUGUAAAUUCUGUAGACUUCAUAGUCUUUGCAUGUUGCCUAGUAAUCUCAUAGUGAGGUUACCAGCCAUUUGACCCCAGGCUACCAGUCAUUUGACCCUAGACCAUUGUGUCAACCUUAGGUUCUGUUCCUGUUUUCUAUGAUUCAUAUAGUUUCUUCAAAUGCUUAGUUGCCUGUAUAGCAGAACUGCUUGUUUAUCACAUUUUAGCCAAGUUUUAUAGCCUUCCAUAAUUUUUCACCAUCGUGUAGUAGGGAAGGUAUACUUUACGUUGCGUCAUAGUGCCAAAACAUGAACAAGUAUAAAUCAAAACUACUAACAGAACUCGGUCAGAAAGAAUGUCCUCCAAUCAUGAAUUUUAUUCUAAAGCCAUUCUUGUAACUAUUUGGAAACCUUUUUAACUUUUUUGAAAACUUAUUUGAUAUUUUUAGACUUGAUUUCAUUGCCUCCACAGGAGAUUGAAACUGCAUUUAUUUUUGAGAAAAUUUGUGAAAAUCAAAGAAAUAUAUUUCCACACGGAGAAAUGUAUGACACAUCUAUUCCAUUCUGCUUAUGAAAAAUUCCAUUGUUGACCGUCAUUCUGUAUAUUAAUAAUUACUUAUGUAUAGACUUAUAAAUAGCCACUAGUAGAGAAAAAUAUGAAUAUAUGGCAGAGGAUUUAAAAAUACAACUUAGCAGCUUUGUAAAAUUUUGCCUCCA